UACAAAACUCACCACAAACACACAAAAGUAUCUUAGAAACAAAUUAUUAACCAAAAAAUGAAUCUCGUCACGAAGCUUCUUGUGAUGGUUUUGCUCUUUGAAGUUGUUUGUGCAAACGUAGGCGCAAGGCCGCUGGAAGAAGUUUCCAAAGUAGUUACGGAUAAAGUUACGUUUCCUCCGUUACCACCACUACCAAUUCCACCACCAAUACCGGGGUUACCGAUACCGGCGAUGAAAUCACGAGAUUCAUCACGGGUUCUGCCAAAAAUGUCUAAUGGUGACACUGGAAGAGUUGAGAAUGAGGAAGUUGGAGUAUCCAAAGAUGCUACAGCAGUUCCGGAUGGUCCCACCGCCAGAGGUUACGGUUCCGGAAGUAGUAGUAGCGAUGCGUCUGGCAGGACCCACCCUUGAGCAUGAGAUGAUGAUGUUCGUUGCUCAAUACCUAUAUUAAUACUCUACACAAACUCACAGUCUCUUUUGUGAUCAUAAAUAAAACUAGAGACUGCCACCUUUAAUUAUCAUGAAAUGCUACUUUUUAUGUGUAAUUAUCUCUUGCUAAAUAAAAUAAAUCUAAUAAAUAAAACCUUUAUAUAUGCA